AAACCCUAGCCCUAAUUCUUGGAGGGGGUGCGAUCGAGGUGAGAGUGGAUGAUAUCUCCUGUCUCUAGCUUGCGAGUCUCUCGAUUCAAAGGCGCUGGCUCCUUUCUCGGCCGCUUGCGCGGCAUUAGAAAGACACAUUCCUGGGGCUCCGACGAGGAACUGGCAAUGGAGGUCGAUGUGGACGAUGAAUCCCUGGAAAUGCCGGAGCUAGACGCGCAGCAGCUAGAUUUUCCACCUCCGGGGCGCAGGAAUCCAAGGAAGCAAUCCGGGAAGAAGUCUCUCUCCAAAUCCAAGAUGAAAAAGCUGCUCAAGCAAGAGCUCGAGAAGGAGAGAAAGUCCAACGUUUUCCACUCUUUCUCGGCCUUCUACGAAGAACAGUAUGGAAGCGCGCGGUGGAGCUCUCUGAUGGCGUGCCUCCUGUCAAAGCCCCGCGUUGCAUGCCUCGUUAACAAGUACUGCAACGAGUCCAGCGUUCCUCCAUCGACAAAUUCCACUCGAGUUCCAUUCCUCAAGCUUCCGGUCUACGAAUCCAGCGCGCUCUUCCCUCAUCCCGAGCGUGACACCCACAACGUCUUCGACUACUACCUCAUGGAUGCCGCGUCUGUGCUCGUCACCGAGGCUCUGGAUCUCGAGGUGGGCGACAAAGUCUUGGAUUUGUGUGCUGCUCCCGGAGGAAAAACUCUGGGAAUUCUGCAGCAGCUGGAUCUCCUCCAAGGCGCGCUGGUAGCAAACGAGCCAUCGCCAACAAGGAGCAAGCGACUGUCGAAGGUCAUCUCCGAGUACGUGCCGGCAAAUCUACGGACUUCCAUUCGCGUCACCCGUCGCAAUGGUAUCAAAUGGAUGGAGCAUGAUCUCUAUGACAAGGUGCUGGUGGACGCACCUUGUUCCUCCGAGCGACACUUGCUACACGACCCAAAGGAGCUCGGGACAUGGACGCCCCGACGCACGGAGAAUUGCGCAAAGCGGCAGCUCGCGCUCUUGUUUGCGGCUCUGCGAGCUGCCAAGCUCUAUGGUAGGAUUGUCUACUCGACGUGCUCCCUAAGUCAGCUAGAGAAUGACAGUGUGAUCUCAAAGGCACUAGAGAAAGGCAAGCUUGACUUCGAGAUCAUCCAAAAGCAGUGGCCGGUGGGAGAAAGGACGGAGCACGGCUGGAUCAUUCUCCCUGACGUUUCUCAAGGAUGGGGUCCAAUCUACAUUGCGGUGCUCAAGAAGCUUAGCACGAAGCCGGAACUUUUCGAGGAGUGUGUCGAGGAUCUAGAAGAGCUCCAAGACACCGACGGGGAGCCACUGCUGCUAUUGCCAGGACCAGAGAGCUAGCUAGCUAGCUCAUCACAAGCCGUAAGUAGAGUUCCACAAAACUUCUGCUUCUUGUCAACGGAACACUCUCAAACUUUGGAUCUUUCUGCUCCUCCGCCGGCUUUCGAUUCCAUCAGGAAUCAUCAGAGUUCGCUGUGCAACGAUCACGCGCUCAAAAGCGUCAAACCCGUGACAAAGGGAAGACAAAGAGGAGAGAAAACUGUUGUUUGGAGCUCUCCUCUUCGCUGAAAAGGAGAUCAAACGACCUCUCUUUGUCAAAGUAAGUCGGGAAUAAUCUUCCAUCACAUCAUCUUGCUGACCA